CAAGCAGGUAGAGGACCACUUUCCGAGUUUGUUGUAGGUUUCGGUCGGUCGUGGUCUUAGUUAACAUGUUCCGGAGUUGAAAUAGUUUAGUGUUUUUGUGUUAUUUUUGAAAAUUUCUGCAAAAUGCCGUGCUCUGCUGUUACUCUAAGUUUAGCAACAAUCACUUCGAUCAUCGCUGUUGCCUUAUUGUUCAUCGCCUUUGCCACAGACAACUGGCUUUAUAUCGAUGUUAAGCGCACAAAUAUUCAGAACUAUUUGAGUAAACAUUCGGACGCUCAAAGCCAAGCUCAAUUGGAGAGUCUCACUUCAAAAUAUUACUACUACACGAGGACGAAAGGACUCUUCAGGAUAUGUUAUCCGAAAGAAAGGCCUCCGACAGUGAAAACGUACCUGAGCCCCGUUGAGACCCACUGCAACAACAUCAACUACUAUCUUUCCGAUGACAACAACGAGACUAGGGACUUCACCGACGACGCUUGGGCUAGAUUACAUAUGGGACGUUCCAUGAUCGCGCUUUUCAGUUUGGCCUUCGUAGCGGUGUUCGCCGCCUUAUGUACCGGAGUCACCGGAUGCUGGAGGAGGUCCCCAAGCAAUAUCACGGCCACGGCGAUUCUGAUGCUGCUUGCAUGCUUGUUGAGUGCUGGAGGAAUGGGUCUGUGGCACGGAGUGGAAUAUUAUGAGAAGGAAAAAGUUGUCGGGGAGGAAUUUUACCAACAAUGGAGUAACGUCCUACGUGACAAUACCAGAGUCAACUAUGAUUGGAGUUACAUGAUCGCAUGGGUUGGGGUGGGAUGGUCGUUGGUUGCUGCCAUCCUGUUUUCUGGAGCCGCCAUGUGUCUUCGGGGCGAAAGGGAACGGGAAGAAGCUAUCAACAUGCAGUAUUUAAUGCCUGUGUAUCCGCAAAAACAACAAUAUGCAUAUGCCGGAUAUCCGGUUCCUGCGCCUCAAGCCUACGCAGGACCGUAUUACACAACAGGAUCAGCUUAUGGACCGUAUAAUUACUGAAGGACAACGACGCAAUUGACGUGUCUUCCAUUUUCUACAAAAUAGUAUUAAAUUUCGACAUUUUUUGGCCAUCAUUGCGAACAAAACAAAWGAAUGAGUGUUGUAAAUAAAUAAGUCGUUAGGUAAUUGCAGCAGGCCGGGAGGGCAGGUUGACAUGGCCAACGGAGUAACUAAAUUUAAUUUUUCGACUAGUCGGGACCAAUCAAAAGACUGCCUUGACACCUUGACCAAUCAGGUAGCAGUAUUCGUGCCGCCCUGCCCCCACAUCAACUAAUCACGGUCAUUUUUUGUAAAUAGUUGUGUUUAAUUGAUGUAAUAAUUGCCAUUGUUGCAUUUUUUAUUAGUCAGAGACGUAUUUAUUUUGAUUUCGGGCCCCGAUAUCGGAAAGAUACCUGUUAUAUGACUGUAAUUGUAAUCAUAUUUAUGUAUUAGCAAUAUUUGUAUUUUUAUAUGUUGUGUACUUAACGUAAUUGCAUAUUUAGUGUAUUUUUUGGAGGUUUUUGUUAUCAAAAACGUUGCAAUAAAUUCGAGACAAACUCA